AUGCGCCCAACCACCACCACGCGCCCAAGCACCACCACCACCCCAGGGUUCUGUGAUAACGGAGGCACUUGGGUCAACGGCCACUGCGUGUGCUCCCCGGGAUACACGGGCGACACCUGCAGAUACGGCGAGAGCAGCAUCGAGACCAAAGCCGAGACCAACGUGUCCGUGAGCGUGGAGCUGCGGGUCACCAACCAGGAGUUCUCCGAGGACCUCCAGAACAAAAGCUCUGAAACCUACAAGAGCUUUGUCCACAGCUUCACCCAGCAGAUGGACAUCGUCUACCGCAACAUUGAAGGCUACCAGGGUAUCGAGAUCCUGAGUCUGUCGAAGGGCAGCAUCGUGGUGGAUCACGCCAUCAUUGUCGCUCUGCUGGUGACCGCCGAUACCGUGGAGAAGAUCAGUAAUGUCACCCAGAAUGUGAAGGAGGAGAUCGUCCAAGCAGCGUCCCAGCAGCAAAACUGCACUGAGAACAGCACCUUCUGCUUCAACGCCUCCGAAGUGACGGUCACCCAAACCUCGUUUGAGUUCAACGCAACAGCUGCCGUGAGACCAAUCUCUACUGGUACCAGGACAAUCGGUGCAAGAGCCGGGUCAGCAAAAUAACCGUGGGCCUGUCUGUGGCUGUGGCGGCCUUGUGCUUGGUCAUCCUCGUCCUCGCCAUCCUCCUCUUCAGGGCCAAGAGGCCAAAGUCAUCUGAGAGUUCCAGCGACCUGAGGGAUGACAAGGAGCUCUGGUAUGAGGAAAUGA